AUGCCCCUUGCCCACCGACACCACCUACCUCUGCCUCCGCGACCUCGCCCGGCCGCUCAGCCAACGGAGCUCGACGAAGAGCACCCCGGUAACUUGGAUGAAAAGGUCUCGGAGAGGGUUUUGUAUGAGAUUCUUAUUCAGGUAGGUCGUGUAGUAGACUUGCACAUACCCCGUGACAAGGAAACUAGUCGACCCAAACGUUUUGCUUUUGCUGAGUAUGAAAUAGAGGAGAUUGCCCAGUAUGCUGUUAGGCUGUUUUCUGGCCUUGUUCGGCUUCACAAUAGAACACUUAAAUUUGCGGCGCGUUUCUUUUUUCUCCCUGGUUAUCUAAUUUGUUGUAGUAUAGAUUGCAGUGUGUUGUUCUUAUGGUAUAGUGAGUUACAUUCUCUGAAUAGUUGA